UUUAAAAUGUACAUUUUAAUUUGUCUUUUUUAUAAUCAAGUCGCCAUGUCUGCAAUUUAAAAAAUGGCCAGGCAAUAUGAAAACAGCACAGUGUUGGUGGCUCAUGUCAGUGUCACGUGAUUAUCUUCUCAGCGAAGUUGCGCUCGUGAAAACAAUUAAAAGCGUUAAUAAAUGAAAGUGUUUAUCGACAUUUUCACUUUUGUUUUCUGAUUACAUCCAUAUGUGCUGAUGAUUCUUAAUAGUUCUUUUAAUUUUCCUGGCAGUAACCACUGAUGAAGCGGUACAUGUCUAUUUUCAGAAGCGUUCUUCACAGGUCGUACCGUUUUAGUGAACAGUGGGGAGACACCGGAAGUAAACGUCAUUGACACAGGAAUGGGCUAAAAUCAUCUUGGCAUCAAAAAAGAGAAUGUCAAAUAACUCUUAAGGGAGAUUUGGUCUUUUUGUUCAGCAUGAUUUGUUCCCUCAGCAUUGUCAAGGAAGCCACAUAGCUAAAUGGAGUCGGAGCAGCUGUUUAACAGAGGCUACUGCAGAAACAGCUACAACAGCAUCACCAGCGCCAGCAGUGACGAAGAGCUACUCGAUGGCGCCGGCGUCAUCAUGGACUUCCAUACCACCGAGGAUGACAAUCUGCUCGAUGGGGACGCUUCCCCAGGCUCUAACUACGCCAUGUCCAAUGGUGGAGGCGGAGCCGGAGGGGUGAGUAGCUCCACCCACCUGCUGGACCUGUUGGAGGAGCCCAUUCCGGGCGUGGGCACCUAUGACGACUUCCACACCAUCGACUGGGUCAGAGAGAAGUGUAAAGACCGUGAACGCCACCGCAAGAUCAACAGUAAGAAGAAGGAGUCGGCAUGGGAGUUCACCAAGAGCCUGUAUGACGCUUGGUCUGGGUGGCUGGUGGUGACAUUAACAGGGCUGGCUUCAGGUGCGUUGGCAGGUGUGAUAGACAUUGCUGCUGAUUGGAUGAAUGACCUGAAGGAGGGCGUGUGUCUGAGUGCCAUGUGGUUUAACCACGAGCAGUGCUGCUGGGGCUCUAACGAGACCACGUUCGCCGAGAGAGACAAGUGCCCGCAGUGGAAGACAUGGGCGGAGCUUAUCCUGGGCCAGGCGGAGGGUCCUGGUUCCUACAUCAUGAACUACUUCAUGUACACCUACUGGGCUUUGUCCUUCGCUUUCCUGGCUGUGUGCCUGGUCAAAGUGUUCGCCCCGUACGCCUGUGGCUCUGGCAUCCCUGAGAUUAAGACCAUCCUGAGUGGGUUCAUCAUCCGUGGCUACCUGGGGAAGUGGACUCUGGUGAUAAAGACCAUCACCCUGGUGCUGGCCGUGGCGUCAGGCCUGAGCCUGGGGAAGGAGGGCCCGCUGGUGCACGUAGCUUGUUGCUGUGGCAACAUCUUCUCAUACCUCUUCCCUAAGUAUAGCAAGAACGAGGCCAAGAAACGAGAGGUGCUGUCUGCGGCGUCGGCUGCUGGCGUGUCUGUGGCGUUUGGCGCUCCUAUAGGAGGUGUUUUGUUCAGCCUGGAGGAGGUGAGUUAUUACUUCCCACUGAAGACGCUGUGGCGGUCCUUUUUCGCCGCCCUGGUGGCAGCGUUCGUGCUGCGCUCCAUCAACCCGUUUGGGAACAGCAGGCUGGUGCUGUUUUACGUGGAGUACCACACACCGUGGUACCUGUUCGAGUUGGUGCCCUUCAUCCUGUUGGGCGUGUUCGGCGGCCUGUGGGGGGCCUUCUUCAUCCGCGCCAACAUCGCCUGGUGUCGCAGGCGCAAGUCCACACGCUUCGGUAAAUACCCAGUUCUGGAGGUGAUCACUGUGGCAGCCAUCACGGCCAUCGUGGCGUUCCCAAACCCGUACACGCGUCAGAACACUAGCGAGCUGAUCAAGGAGCUGUUCACAGACUGCGGGCCGCUGGAGUCAUCGCAACUGUGCCAGUACCGCAGCCAGAUGAAUGGCAGCCAGGCGUACCCAGCGGGCACAGACACUGCUACACCCGGCGUCUACUCAGCCAUGUGGCAGCUCAGCCUGGCGCUCAUCUUCAAGAUCAUCAUGACCAUCUUCACCUUUGGCUUGAAGGUGCCGUCGGGCCUGUUCAUCCCCAGCAUGGCGAUCGGGGCCAUCGCCGGGCGCAUAGUGGGCAUCGCCGUCGAGCAGCUGGCCUAUUACCACCACGACUGGUUCCUGUUUAAAGAGUGGUGCGAGGUGGGCGCCGACUGCAUCACCCCCGGCCUGUAUGCCAUGGUGGGCGCUGCCGCCUGCUUGGGUGGUGUAACUCGAAUGACCGUCUCCCUGGUGGUCAUCGUGUUUGAGCUGACCGGCGGCCUGGAGUACAUCGUGCCACUGAUGGCGGCGGUGAUGACCAGUAAGUGGGUGGGCGACGCGUUUGGGCGAGAGGGCAUCUACGAGGCGCACAUCCGCCUCAACGGCUACCCCUUCCUGGACGCCAAGGAGGAGUUCACGCAUACCACGCUGGCACGCGAGGUGAUGCGACCGCGGCGGAGCGACCCGCCCCUGGCAGUGCUGACGCAGGACGACCUGACGCUGGCCGAGCUGCAGGCCGUCAUCAGCCAGACGAGCUACAACGGCUUCCCCGUCAUCGUCUCUAAGGAGUCUCAGAGACUGGUGGGAUUCGCCCUGCGCAGAGACAUCACCAUCGCUAUAGAAAACGCCCGGCGGAAGCAGGAAGGCAUCGUGCUCAACUCACGGGUGUAUUUCACGCAGCAUGCCCCGACGCUGCCGGCCGACAGCCCCCGGCCCCUGAAGCUCCGCAGCAUCCUGGACAUGAGUCCCUUCACCGUCACCGAUCACACGCCCAUGGAGAUCGUGGUGGACAUCUUCCGGAAGCUGGGACUGCGGCAGUGCCUCGUCACCCACAACGGGAUUGUAUUGGGCAUCAUCACUAAGAAGAAUAUUUUAGAGCAUCUGGAGGAGCUCAAGCAGCACACGGAGCCCCUGGCGUCUCCUUGGUAUUAUCACAAAAAAAGACAUCCUUCGUCAUAUGGCCCAGAUGGCAAACCAAGACCCCGAGUCCAUAAUGUUCAACUAGUGCCCUCCUUAACUGGAUGUGAGGAGCAGGAGGAGAGUGAAGAGGAGGUCCGCCUGCUGGACCAUACGUCCCACUGACCAUAUGGCCCCUUUGUGUCCCUCCCCUACCCCAUGCCAUGGCAUUCAAGUGGCCAAUGGCAGCCUGGUGGAAAUCUCUGGAUCUCGGAUAGGCCUUCAGGAAGGGAAAGGACUUCCAUUGAGGAGCCUGGUUGCUGGAAGAGGCUCAGAGAUGGUGUAGAGCUCCAGCCCUGCCUGCCACCCUGGUUAACAGACCUCCACAUGCUAACAUGCUAAAGCUAACGUAAAUACUUGAAGGCAUGUGCCUAUGCUGGCCACGCACAUGGCCCCCAGACACCGUCACUGAACCCCACCUGGCCUUCCCGACCGAGAGGCCACACUACUGGGAGUGAAAGGUCAAGAUGAUCCGCUCAAUGGCGAGGAGGGACCUUCACAGAACCUGAGUUACCUACUGCUGUGACCCCUGCCAUUCUCACACUGAACUCUCCAACCAUUGUUUACCUGUAAACUGUGUGAGUUUGAGGCAGGGAGAGAGUGUGUACAUGUGAGAAGUAUGUUUGUGUGAGAGAGAACAAAAAUUAAGCUCCUUCAUAUUUCAGUCAGUAUGUGCUUGGGUGCCCAGGAUAGAGGUGUGAGUGUGUGUGGGUGUGUGCGCGCGUAUGCAUGCAAGACUGACUGGCAAUGAUUUGUACAAAUAAGUAUGAUGAGAAAAUGAUGAUCCAUCAAGUAUUUAAUGUUGAGAUGAUCAAAUGUAAAAAAGAGAUCAGCCUGAUAUGAAGUCACCUAACGUGAACCUCUUUUGUUUGCUUGGCUGUUUUUCAACCUUCUCCACUGCAAACCUUUGGUACGUGGCUGAACUGUCAGGUGAAGAAUAGCAUCUGGCUCUCUGUGCAUCCGUAAAACAGCAAACUUUUAAAUGUGGAUUUCCUUACAUUUUGUUACUGGAAAUGGGAAAAUAACUUUCUUUUCAAGCUACUAUUAUUGCUGCUACCUUUUAGAUGUAUCGAUCAUGUAAUUUACCAAGUCCUUGUGUUUUAAAACAAAAUAUGACUUGACACAGCACUUGUUUUUAAAGGUCCUACCAUGUAAUGGUCAAUGUGUGCUCUUCAUGAAUCAUUUUCAAUGUCAUACAGGCGCCAUCACCCAGCAUGUGUGGCCAUAGAUCGUUUUGUGGUGUGUGAUUUGGAGAGCCUUGCAUUGUGUGCCUUCGGGACUAGUUUUGGAAUGUGUGUUGAAUGUGAGGGGCCUUCCUCACACAAAACCAUCAUGUUCUUUCCGCUCACAUUGAAGCUUGUGCUUUAAAUAGCUAAAGCAACAUUGCAUCUUUGGUCAUACACCUAGGGCCUUUGAGUUUGGUUCCUUACAAGCAUCGUAAUCCUUGCGCGCCCUUAGGACGUCCUAUGUGUGCUUCCUCUCAUUGUUUCUGCAACCAGUAAAAUUGUGCUGCACGUUGAACUGAGUCCGCUAAUGGCACAGCUGUUUCUGAAAUCUGGAAGUUAAGAAAGCUAAAGAACAAUCUCAAAUAUCUGGCGUCAUUACAGCCAUUUACACUGGCAAAUGCAUAAGGUCUUGAGAUGCAAUUUCUCAUGUGGCUUAAAUGGAGAUGGUAAUGAGUAGGUGGUGAGACUUUUUUGAGAUGCGGACAACACCAUGUUCACUUAAAAGGUGAUUUUGCCAAAUGAUAUCAAGUAACGUAAUAAGUGGGUCCACGGGAGUUUGUAACCAGAGGUGUGAUAUUCAGGCUCAGAAACUAAACUUCCUCUGUAGGCUUUGUUUCUACCACCUGAAUUUGUUGACUCAAGCAGGUGGGUUGAAUUGACUGAAAUUCAGUGGCUGAUAAAUUGUGGCAGGGCUUUUGCUUUUGGGACCUUAACCCUCAUGCCACCGUGUGACACACAACUAAACAUGGUCGCAUGCUCAGAACCUAUGUGUAGUAACAUGGAGGUUGUUUACCUACUGUUGGGCAAUUCUCAUAUGGGUGGGAGAGCCAGGAUCCGUUUGGAUGUUUGUAAACAGUCAUGUGCUCAGCAGUGUCAUGCAUUGCUGCUGCUUUCUAUAUUUUGUUUUCGCACUACCUUUUUACAUUCAGUUAAAAUUUUGGAAGCACUUAAUUUUUCCCUGAAAAAAAUGUUACCUCAUCUAAAACAAACCAGUGGGGGCUCUCUACAUCUGCUUUCUUUGUUUCUGUAGUGACACUCACUAGAGCCUUAGCCAAGUAAGGCUUAGAAAGGAGGUGAGUACCUCGCAUCUCAUUUGCAGUUGGUGUGUUUGUCAAUAAGUGAACAAAAAAAAUGGAUUAAAUAUGCUCCUCCAGUUUUUAUUUAUAGUGCUAGACUUGUACAUUAAUGUAAAUUUUAAAUACAACUGCGUAUGAUUGUACAUUUGAAACAAAUAUGUAAAAUAAAAUUGCUUAAAAUCAA